AUCCUUAUCAACCGAACCCCAACGCCGUCGCCUUUCCCUUUCAUCCAUUCUCCAUCUUCUGUCGCGCCUGUUAUUACUCUCGCCGAAGGCGAUUUGAUUAUUACAGAACCAUGAACUCAGCGCGGCAAAUCCGGAAGAUGUCGCCGGGCGGCCCAUUGAGGGCUUCGGGCUUCAGGAGUUCCGGCUGCACACCAUCCUCGCGGUACCGGUCCUUCUCCUCCAGGACAUCGCAGUACGCUGUCUCCGAAAACGCGACAUAUAGCGCAUCUACACCACUCUUACAACAGCCGUUUCUACGCUCAACGAUCCGCGCAAGCGCUUUUAGGCUAGACAUGCUACCACAGCGCAGCGCCCGCUCAUUCCACGUCUCCACCCAGACACGGCAGAAGGCAGCCGAGGAGAAGGACGCCAAGGCGCAAUCAGAAACAAAAGACGGCGAAGAAAAGAGGGAAUCAGAACCGAAGGAAGAGAAGGCGGGCGACGCGAAGGGCGACGAGAAGAGCGAGGACAAAGAGAAGGAGAAGAAGGAGGACCUCCCUCCGCCGCCGCCCCAUGGCGACAAGACGCCCUGGCAGGUGUUCCUGGACACGAUGCAGACCGAAUUCAAGCAGUCCAAGGAGUGGAAUGAGUCGACUAAGGCCCUGGCCUCCUCGGCAAAUGAGUUUGUCGAGAGCGAGUCUGUCCGAAAGGCCCGCCAAGCCUACGAAGCUACCACGGGCGCUGUCUCAUCCACGGCUGCGAAGGCGGUCAAGACCACUGCUAGUGCCAUUGCCAAGGGCGCUGUGUACACGUGGGAGACUCCCGUUGUGAAGGGCGUGCGGAAGGGCGCGAAUAUAACGGGUGAGGUCUUGGACAAGGCCACCAAACCGAUCCGGGAAACCGAGGCGUACAAGAACGUCAAGGAGGUCAUUGAUGACGGGAGCAGCUCCAGGUACGGCGGUUGGGUCGACAAAGAAGAGCGCAGGAGGCGGAGGGAAUUGCGGGAGAAGAUGAACAAGGAGGACGGGGUAAACACCCCGAUUUACGAAGAAAACCCUAAUGCCGGGACCAAUGUCACAGUUCACAAGGACGCUGCGUGGAAGGAGGCGUGGCGGGAUUUCAGGGACCAAAACAAGUUCGUUCAAGGCCUUUUCGGCAUGAAAACCGUCUACCAAGAAUCAGAAAACCCCCUGAUCUCGACUGCCCGGAGCAUUACCGACAAGUUUGCCGGUUUCUUUGCCGAGAACGAGACAGCUAUGGUCAUCAAGAAGCUCCGGACUAUGGACCCAUCAUUCAAGCUGGAGCCGUUCCUCCAAGAACUCCGCGAGUACAUCCUCCCCGAGGUUCUGGAUGCCUACGUCAAGGGCGACGUCGAGACGUUGAAGCUGUGGCUGUCCGAGGCCCAGUACUCCGUCUAUGAAGCCCUGACGAAACAGUACCUGCAAGCUGGCCUUAAGUCGGAUGGCAAGAUCCUUGAUAUUAGAGGGGUGGACAUUCUGCGUGCUCGCAUGCUCGACCCCGGUGAGAUUCCCGUCUUUAUCGUCACCUGCAGGACACAGGAGGUCCACGUCUACCGCAACGCCAAGACGAACGAACUGGCGGCCGGCAUGGAGGACAAGGUCCAGCUGGUCACCUAUGCCAUUGGCAUCACCCGAAUUGCAGAGGACGUCAACAACCCCGAGACAAGGGGAUGGCGGUUGAUAGAGAUGCAAAAGAGCGGCCGCGAUUACAUCUAAAGCAGCUUGUGUCUUUGACCAGCCUUUUGCGUGCUGCCCGAUCACCCAGGAAGAGGGAAGCGUCCAGGCGCCCAGCUUCAGCUGCUGGCUUCCUCUUCAUUCACUGUGUUCUACUGUCACAGAAGUGUAUCAUACGGCAUCCGGGAUUUUACCACCCAAGGUUGCAGGAGUUUUGGGAUUGGCGGUAUAGAGGCAAGGGAAGCAGGCGCCUUGAUGCAUUUGCACGAACACCACUCUGCCGGAGCCCAUUGGGGAUAGGCGCGCGAAGGGAAAAGUAUACUUUGUACAAUAAGGGACGUGGGUGGACAGCAUCUUCAACCACCGAGAGUGAUGCAUCGGGAAUGAACUGUAAUAAUAACCUCUACGAACAUGCCCAACAACCUGAACAAUCUGGGUAAUACGAGACCAACCUUGAACAACGAG